AUGCAAGAUCUGGAAAGCAUUGAGCCGCGACCCGAAGGUGAUUUUAGAUUCGAUAAAAAUGAAGUUCCGCUGCCGGAUCAGGAUGACGGAUUUUGGAAUUAUAUCGACCAUCACCCACUCAGCCCCCUUCUGGAAGGUCUCCCAGGAGAAUUAGAUAUUCCUGGUGGCAAUUCAUCCGGCAGCGUUACAGAGGAUGCAGCUGGGAGCUACCAGAGUCCGGUGUGGGAUAAAACGCAGAACAUCCUUUACGACUUAGCAGAAGACGAGUCAGGUCCUUUGAUAGUUCAAGAAUCUAGUUCCCCGAAAGCCAACGUCCCCGAGUGCGCCAAUAGAUCCGAAUGGACGCCUAUGCAGAAUCUGCUUUAUGAUCUCGAGAAAAAGCCCGCAAAUUUGACCCGGUCGUCGAUACAUGACCCAUCCAUAGAAAGCAGUACGCCCGCUGCGGUGCCUGCUGCAUCCCCAGAAGAGUUCAAUACUCCGCAAAAGGCUGAAUUUGAUAAUCGCCCAGUAUGGGAAGCUAUGGGUGAUAUCUUAAGGAAUCUGAAAUAA